CUACAGACGGAAUUGACGUAACGUUAAGUCUCACGUGAGUUUUGUUUACUAGCUGGAAAAGGGAUUUUAGAAUGGCUUCAAAACCCUUCCACCCAGAAGAGGUGAGGAGGAUUGUCCAGUUUCUACAGACACCUGCUGUGUUUCUGAACAUGACCACAGACUGGCCAGCAUUGCACUGGACUGUGGAGCACCUGUCCGCUUGCCUUACAGAGAGACUUCGGUUCCGUAUUGGGAAAAGGACUGAGGACAUGGCUCCUCUUUUUGAGGAAACAGAGUGUUCCUACAUCGAAGCAACCAUUAAAGAGUUUCUGUCCUGGACUGCCAAUGAAGACGAAUCACUUGGUGGGCCGUUUUCUGACUAUCACUGCAAAGAAUUCUGGGCUUAUGCUGAUUACAAGUACAUUGUACAGCUUUUUCAGGAUAAACCUGCCAUGUUUCAGGUUCUGUUUGUUCCCAGACACUGGUGGCUCUAUGUGGAGUCAGUGGAUCCUGUGACUGUCAGUGUGAACUCCUGGAUUGAGAUGGACAUGGAUGAUGAGGCCAGAGUUGGAGAAGCUCUUACUAAGACCAUUGUGUGUGCCCUGAAAAGUGCCCCUAGCUUAGACAACAAUGACCACUGGCUCAAUCCUACUGAGGAUGGCGUUUCUUCACAUGAUGAAAACAUGCAGUAUUUGAACCUAGCGGUAAAGGCCUGUAUGGACAAGAUGAGAGAUGAUACUGACCAACCCAGAGCAGACAUGGGAAAAAAUGACUCCAGCGGACGGUUUAAGACUCCAGGAUCGCUUACCUUCGUGGUUCCCUUCGGACCUCAUCUCAUUCCUGUUAAUUUGGCUCACAAACCCAACUGCACCUGUCCAAAGGACAUGCCUUGUUACAGGUACAACGACUUGUCAUGA